AUCAAAAUGGCAGACAAGUCUUCGUCUUCUCAUGCCAAAGGCUCUGAUGAGGUUAAGGAUUUUAUUUGUUCGUCAUGCAAAGAGCAAGCAAAUGCAGAUUUUUACUGCAAAACAUGUUUGAAACUUUAUUGUGGGAAAUGUAUUCCGUUGCAUGAUAAGUGGUUUAAAAAACAUUCAGCUUAUGGAAGGAAUGACAUGAAAGAAUGGCCAGUUUCGAAACAGGUGGAGGAAUUUCUAUGGAAGUGUGAAGCGCACAAGGAUGACAAAAUUGAAAUGUUAUGUGAUGACCACAGUCAGUUGUGCUGCACAAAGUGUGCCUUCAAUGAUCACAGCGAGUGCAGUAAAGUGACUCCAAUUAAUGAGCUGACCAACACGCAGCCCACAGACCUACAGGGACUGUCAGUGGAGCUCGAAACUGUUCUGGGAGAAAUCAAAAGCCAACAGAGCAGUCAGGAGGCCAGUGUUGAGUCAUUGCAGAAAGCAUACAAGGAACAUAGGGCAGAUAUGAUCGAACAAAUGCGUGGCAAUUUAAACACUAAUUUAGAUAAGUUUGGUAAUAAUUGUGUGGGCACAUCGGGAAAAAUUGAGCAAUAUUUAAAAGACGACAUGUGUAGGAGUGUUUUUUCUAUCUUGAAUGAAUUUGAUAAUAUUACUUUGAAGGAACUAAAUGAGAUGAAAGAUGAAGUUAUAAGCAUAAAAGGAUCAGUUACAAGUUCCAUUCAUAAAUGCACCAGUGUUCACAGUGACUUGUUACAAUUACUUGAAAUCGUUCAGAAAAUUGGAGAUAAUAAGGAGCUCUGCCUUAUAGCCAGCAUAAAAUGUAAACAUGUCAUACAGCAGGCAUACACUCUGCUUGGAAAGUCGGGCAAGGUGUUUAAGGUCCUGGGGAAGUCUGAGUACAAUGUGAGAAUACCAAGUGAUUCAGUUACAUGUGAUAUCUCAGGCAUAUGUGUUCUUCCAGAUGGACAGGUCCUGGUUGCAGACGAAGAAAAUAAGAGAGUCAAGCUUCUGAGCCAGCAGUACCAGGUGGUGAGUCACUGUGGUGUGAAUGCUUAUGCACAUGCCAUAUGUUUGAUCACACCCAGUGUGGUUGCAGUGGCUGUGAAUACUAGCACCAUAGGUGAGGUCCAGUUUAUCACUGUCAACCAGGAAAAGCUUGUUCCUGGCAGGAAGUUUCAGUUACAACAUCAAUGUAGAGGUAUUUCCCAUCACCAAGGAGACCUUUUUGUCACCUCUGGUCAAGAACUGUACAAAUACUCACUGAAUGGCAAACUGAUCUGCAGACUCUACGAAGAUAGAUCAGAUGAUUAUACAGUAAACAAGUGUGCUGUGAGUCCCACAGGAGACAGGCUGUACAUCAGCAGCAUCUGGCAGCACAAGCUUCUCACCCUGGCCAGGGAUGGAACACUCCUGGCUACAUUAACAGACCCAGCACUAGAGCGCCCAUCUGGUCAACAUGUGACCCCUGCAGGCCAGGUGCUGGUCUGUGGAUACUGGUCCUUCACUAUACUACAGGUGGGCUGGGAGGGAGAGAGUAAGCUGGCUACUCUUGCUAAUAUAAAGGAUGGAGUGAGGUUGCCAUUGUCAGUCUGCUACAGCAGCACAACAUCCUCCAUAAUUGUGGGACUGUUGGGGACAGACAACAUCUUUGUGAUCAGAGUGGAAUAGUGUGUACAUUCGCUGCUGAGUCAGGACAAGGAUGCUGAGGAUGUGGUGGACAAGGAUGACCUGACAACGCAGAAGGACAGCACCACUAUUGAUAUCGAGUUGGCCCAGCAACAACACCAGUCCGGCCUGCAGGAGCCCCAGACUAGGACGACCCAUCCACUCCCCUGACCCAUAGCUCAUCAUACUUGAUAUCCAGAAAAAUGGGGCCAAAUGCAUGUGCUUAAAUUGUUGUCGCAGAUUAGCCUGUGCAGUCCACACAGGCUUAUCAUGGACAACACUUUCCUCUUAAAGCAGAGCACCAGCAUUGAUAUCGAGUUGGCCCAGCAACGGCACCAGUCCCGCCUGCAGGAGCCCCAGUCCAGAACGACCCUUCCCCUCCCUUGACUUCUAACUUCUCCCCCUUGACCUCCUGCCUCAAAAAGUCAGCAUCGUUGAACAACUCCUUUCUGCAGGAAAUUCUGAGCAUGAUUCUUUUCUGAACAAACGCAAUGCCCAUGUCACGUUUUCCAAGUAUAAGCCUGGGUAGUUUUGUUAAGCUAGAGUUCCGCGUGGGCCUGAAAGGGAAGAGUGUUACAGACACAAAAAGUUAUAGCAGUAGUUAUGGUAACGCUAACAGUCAGUUGUUGCUGUUGGACAUCACAACAAAUAUCAUGAAGAAUAAAAAGUUCAAUAACUUGUUCCAAUCUUUAUGGGACAGACAGAAAUUGAACGGGAGAAAAUCAAGGAGCAAUAAAAGCGUAAGUUUUCCUUGUGGGAUACAUCUGCUGUUGAUAGUUUGGACAACAGUAGGGUUACGGACUGCCCCAGAUUGUCCUCGCAGUGGCCAAAAUAUCAUAAUAGAACGGACUUUUGGCAAUGCUGACACAGAAAGGAAGUAAUGACAUGGUUGUGAACACCCAGAGCACAAUACAUCCAUGCUGACACAGAAAGGCAGUAUUGACUAUGCAGUGAACACCCAGAGCACAAUACAUCCAUGCUGACACAGAAAGGCAGUAAUGACUAUGCUGUGAACACCCAGAGCACGAUACAUCUAUGCUGACACAGAAAGGCAGUAAUGACUUGGUCGUGAACACCCAGAGCAAGAUAUAUCCAUGCUGACUCAGAAAGGCAGUAAUGACUAUGCUGUGAACACCUUGAGCAAGAUAUAUCCAUGUUAACACAGAAAGGCAGUAAUGACUAUGCUGUGAACACCCAGAGCAUAAUACAUCCAUUCUGACACAGAAAGGCAGUAAUGACUUGGUUGUGAACACCCAGAGCAAGAUAUAUCCAUGCUGACACAGAAAUGAAGUAAUGUCUUGGCUGUGAACACAGAACACAAUACAUCCAUGCUGACACAGAAAGGCAGUAAUGACUAUGCUGUGAACACCCAGAGCACAAUACAUCCAUGCUGACACAGAAAGUCAGUAAUGACUUGGUUGUGAACACCCAGAGCACAAUACAUCCAUGCUGACACAGAAAGGCAGUAAUGACUUGGCUGUGAGAACAGAACACGAUACACCCAUGCUGUCACAGAAAGGCAGUAAUGACUUGGCUGUGAACACAGAGCACAAUACAUCCAUGCUGAAACAGAAUGGCAGUCAUGACUAUGCUGUGAACACACAGAGCACGAUAUAUCCAUGCUGACCCAGAAGGGCAGUAAUGAUUAUGCUGUGAACACCCAGAGUAAGAUAUAUCCAUGCUGACACAGAAAGGCAGUAAUGACUAUGCUGUGAACACUCAGCACUCAAUACAUCCAUGCUGACACAGAAAGGCAGUAAUGAAUUGGUUGUGAGCACCCAGAGCAAGAUAUAUCCAUGCUGACACAGAAAGGCAGUAAUGACUUGGCUGUGAACACAGAACACGAUACACCCAUGCUGAGACAGAAAGGCAGUAAUGACUUUGCUGUGAACUCAGAGCACAAUACAUCCAUGCUGACACAGAAAGGCAGUAAAGACUUUGUUUUAAACACUAAGAGAUCCAUACAUCCAUGGGAUGUGCCACAGACGCAAAUUAAGCCCACUAUUGUGAACAAGGUGCUUAAAGUGAACAUGUCUGGUUUCUGUUAUGAGCACUUAGCACUCCGAGCCCAAAAGGCCUCGCAUUGAAUUGAUGCAAGAGAAGGCUUUGAAAAAUAACAGCAGUUUUGUUGUGUGGUCCAGUACGCCCUUCGACUCUCAACCUGAAGAAAGCAGAACUCGAACUCGGCUCUUAGCAAUAUCAGCAAGGCCAGCAUGUCAUCUCAGCUUCUUGUGCUUCAGUGAACUUUACUAGCAAACAUGACAAACGUCAUUGAAGUGAAAGUCGAUGACAACUCCCUUCUUGCACAAAUACUACAACUCGCUUAAGAAAUUCAGCAUGAAGACAUCUUGCGUCAGACUACCAAGCCUCCUAUCAAUAUAUCCUCCCAUGUUGACUACAUCAACACUUCCAAUGGCAGCGCCUUGGUGAGUUCAACUUCCGUCUUGGCAUCGAUGUCGAUUAGCAACAAUUGGAUGAUGGGCGUCGACAAAUUAGGCCGGACAAGUCGCUAGAACUGAAACCAACUGAUCCAACAGGUAGAGCAGGCGUUGCGUGACACGUUGGUUAAUGUGACUGACCUCGAUAUGUUGUUCUCGAAUAAUGUGAACCUUAGGCCUGGAGAGCAGUAUGCGAUUGACGCCAUUCAACAACAGUUGUUGUCAGCAAUUCUCAGGUUUGGGGUGGCGACUUCGGCGUCGGGACUCACACCAUCUCUGUCUAUGGCCCAGUCACAGCAGCAGCAGCAGCAACAAGAACAAUAAAGCCUGUUCCUACAGGAACACAUGCAAUCAUAGAUCGGUACCUAGCUGAACAAAAGGCUGUCUGGUCAGCUGGGCCCAGACGCCCAGUGAAACUUUCUGGCCCAGGACCUUGGGGCAAAUGCUCAACUAGUCCUACCCGCAGGGAGGAGCCACACUGAACCUGGGGCUCAAUACUUUCUUGGCCAGGGGCCAAGAUUAUCUCGUCAAUAAGGGACACAUUCCUGGGAUGCCCUAAGGUCUUUCUAUCUGUUCACAGAGGUCUUAUACUCACACGUUCAAGCCCAGUGAGAGAUGUUCACCUAAUCAAACUCUACAUCUCAAUAGAAACCCGGCUAGCAAAGCGUUGGUUUGUUUUUGAAGCAUUUGAACCAGCAACAGUCAUCAUUGGAGUUUCUGGCAUGUCUAUGGUGUGGAACCCUCAGUCUAUGAACAUCAUAACAGCACAUGAACCAGCAGCAGUCAUCAUCUCAAGAUUCUGGUAUAUCCAACGUACAGGACCCUUAGUCUGUACAGAUCUUGCAGAACAAACUUCAGAUGCAAUUUGUGGAAAUCAAACCAUCCAAACAGAAACACAGCCUGUUGCAGCAGUUAUUGCCAUAUUGACCCCAGUAAAACCUAAGAAUCUCAGAGAUCAAUACUGUUUAAGAUGUAGUAGUCUUUACAUACAUCCUGGUUUGUUCAACACUUACUCUGAAUCUUUGAAUGUUAUGACGGGUGAAAAUGAAAGACCUUGUUCAGAUCGAAAUGGCAGAAUGACACAUCACGGCAAUUCAAGUGGAAAGCCACAAAGUCAUGCCAACAGCCACAUGUUGUAUGUUGCCAGCCAAGUUGUAUUAACAAACACAAUAGCUUACGUUUUAUGUUAUAUGUGACCAACCAUGUUAUAUUCAUACAAAAACAAUAGUUUAUGUUUUAUGGGAAUUGUUAUGCUGUCAGUCUUUAUGUUGAAAUAUUGUGUUCAAUAUAGCAUGUACAGUAUUUUAAAAGCACGCAUAUUGCACGUAUAUAACGGCCACCGGAAAAACUUUGCGAAACCGAAAUUUCACAAACUUAAGUACCCUUUUUCUUAAAGAUUUGCUACUUUGAGACAUAGUAUUUGAUAAAAGUCUUAUCGUUGAUUAAUAAUUGGUUAUUUUCACUCAAAAAACGCGUUUUCUUCACUAUGAAAUUUAUGAGCAAAGUUGGGGUUCCCAUGGGAUUUUUGCAUUUACCCAUGGGAUUUUCGAUUUUCCCAUGGGAUUUUUUUUUCCAUGGGAUUUUUUUUCUCCCAUAAUUUGCAAAUGGGAGAAAAAUCCCAUGGGAUUUUGAACAUUUUAAAAAACGUGUUUUAUUUGCGUUUGCAAGUAUUUUAACGUUAUUUAAGGACUGUAUAUUGGUUUUAUGCCAAUUAUAUAUAAAAAUAUAUAGUAACAAAAAAAUCCCAUUUUAAAAUGGGAGAAAAAAAUCCCAUUUUCUUAUUUUGAGAGAUUUAUUCAUGAAACUUUCAGAAAUAUCAUAUUUUAUGAAAUGAUGAACAACAACGAUAUUUUAAUGCGUUUAGUCGUGUUUAAAAAAAAAAAAUCGAUUUUUUAAAUCCCAUGGGAUUGUUUUACCAAUGGGAUUUUUCAGUUUUGUAAGCCGAAUAAGUUUCUUAAUGCGAAAAACAACAAUAAAGGAAAUAAU